CAAGGGGAGGAGGAGAGAGCCUAGGGCAGCUCUGCACUGUGACCCAGCCUUGGCUGUGAGCUUGUCUGCUGUAUGUCUGAGACUGGGAGGCUGCCCCUCCAUAUGUAAUAGCAUGUGUGUGUGUGAGUGAGCUCUACCGCCGCCACUGCUGCCCUUUGAUCCUUGCACUAGUGUUAGGGGCUUGAAGACACACAGGGAGCAGCCAUAGACGGUGGCGGCUCCUCAUCCUCCUGCUCCUCACCAUGUAGCCCCCCAGCACCACCACACACCUAUAGAUCCGAUCCAUUGAAGGAUAUUAUUUCUUCUGGCUGGCUGCUUUGCUGGGGGAGGGAGGUGAAAGGGAGGACAAGCCAGGUGCACGGCGCCCCACAUCUCUGACUCCAGGAGCCCCGGAGGAGAAGCCGAUCUGCUCCUUUCUUCCCAUCACCGAGGACAAGGAUGUGACCGACAGACAGCCGGGAUCCCCCCUCUUCCUUUCCCCCCCCAGAUCGUCAUCUAAGGGGGACAAAAUGCCCCGGAGGAAGCAGGAGCAGCCCAAGCGCCUGCCGUCACAUGGUACCAGACGAGAAGAGGUUGAAGGGGAAGUCAGCGAAGAAGAAACCUGGUUUGGAACAAAUUCAGAAACGCCAUCUGAAGAUUCAUACGGUGAUGUAGCUGAUAACUUUAAAUUGUCUCCUGCUGAUCGAGGUCGAGAAUCAGCCACAUCUCCUGAUACCUCUUUAGGAAGUGCAACUCCAAGUUUGGGCACUGAUCUGAUAUUAGAAAAUGAAAUUUUCAAAGAGGCCUCUCAUUGUAAAGAACAGUUGUCAACUUCAGCAUCUUCAGUGGAUGAGGAUGACCAAGGAGGUCUGAACAAGCCAUUAAGCAGUAAUCUACGUCGGCUGCUAGAAGCUGGCUCUGUGCAGCUAGGAACUGAGGUCUCUCAGAAUGGUAGGGAGGACUCGUCGGGUCUGCAGUUUUCUCCCACAUCCCAUCAUGCAAAACAACUCAGUGUUCUUGCCAGGAAGCUAGCAGAAAAGCAGGAUCAUGGUGACCAAUAUGGAAAUGUACCAACUAAUCGGUUUAUUUGGAGCCAGGAUAGAUGGCUGCAAAAUUCAAAUAAUACAUGUGGCCUGUCGCCAGAUUCUGCCAUUCUAAAACUGAAAGCUGCUGCUAAUGCUGUUCUUCAAGACCAAUCACAGUUAAGGACUGAAGAAACCUUGAGGUUUGAGUCCUUUACUUCACCAUUUAGUUCUCAGUCAGCUAGUUCCACUUUGGCAGCUUUGUCCAAGAAAGUCAGUGAGCGAGGUAUGACAUCAGGACAAGAGCGUCAUUCUCCAGCUGGCCCAUUCCUUUCUCUAGCAUCCAUGACCUCAUCCGCAGCACUGCUUAAGGAAGUUGCUGCACGAGCUGCUGGGAGCAUGCUAGCUGAGAAGAAAAAGCCCCACAUUUCAGAGGACCCAUUGCCACUGCCCGAAGAUAAACAAGAAAAGGGUACUUCGGUGCAAUCCUUGGAACUGUUACUGCUCCCUUCACCAAAAGGACGGUCUUCAAAAUCUGGAAGCCAAGCUCCAGAAGAAGAAGGAGGAAAACCUUUCCAAUGCCCCAUCUGUGGACUAGUAAUAAAACGGAAAAGUUAUUGGAAAAGGCACAUGGUGAUUCACACAGGUUUAAAAAGCCAUCAGUGUCCACUAUGUCCAUUUCGUUGUGCCCGCAAGGACAAUCUGAAAUCGCACAUGAAGGUCCAUCAGCACCAGGACAGAGGAGAGACUUUCCAAUGUCAGCUCUGCCCUUUCACCUCUUCACGGCAUUUCAGCUUGAAGCUCCACAUGCGAUGCCAUCAGCACUUCCUACGGGCAGAGGCCAAAGUGAAGGAAGAGCCCAAUGAGGUCGACAUAAAAGGAUCUCCUUUUAAUAACUCCUUGGGAAGCCAUGAUGAGGGAAGUACCUCACCUGGUCAGAACUCUCAUCUUCCUGAAACUUUAAGCCAGAUCAGUUCUUUACCUGCCAGUUCACUACCUAUCAAAGAGGAGCCAAAAGACAGUGACUGCCCUUCUGUGGUGCCCUUCAUUGAAAGACCCAACAGCAACAGCAGCAUGAAGCUGAAAGAUUCUUUGGACUUUGUUACAUGCCCCUCAUCUCUUUUCAGCCAAGAUAUUUCCGUCAAGAUGGCCUCUGAUUUUCUGAUGAAAUUGUCAGCUGCAAAUCAAAAGGAGACUCUGACCCUGACCGUUAAAGUAAAAGAAGAACCUAAAGAUGAAGAGCUUAGCAGUUCUCUGUCUCCACAUUCUGGUUAUACCUACAGCCAUGAAUCUGAAGCACGCCUCUCCAGCACACCAGAUGAAGCCAAGACCCAGGAAACACAGCCAAACCUAAUGUCACAGGAUAUUUCUGUCAAAGCAGCAUCUGAGCUCCUCAUGAAGCUUUCAGCUGAAAGUUGUAAGGACAUGCAGACUGUGAAGAUUAAAGAAGAACCCAUGGAGGUUGACAUCCCUGACUCUUCCGUCUCCCCCAGACAAAACAUUGGUUACAGCACUUUAUUAAGGAAAGAAAAAACCGAGCACUUGCAGAAGAUGCCAGAGUGCAGAGUUAUUCCCGAGGGGAACCUCUUCAGCCAAGACAUCUCUGUGAAGAUGGCUUCAGAACUUCUCUUUAAAUUGUCAGAGAAAGUCAGCAAAGAACACAAUCAUAACAAGUCAAAUAUCAUCAGGACAACCAGCCCAUUUUUCUCAGAAGAAAAGUUUAGACAAUCACCUUUCACCUCAAAAGAGCUCCCAAAAAAUGACACUACUUUUCAAGGACGGCCAUCCUUCUCAGAUGCAGAGACACUUGGGCUGGAAGCAGGCAGUGGGUUAGCUGCCUGGAAACUUAACGAACAGCUCUAUCCCUGCGAUGUCUGUGGGAAAGUGUUUGGCCGACAGCAGACUUUAUCCCGACAUCUGUUAUUGCACACAGAAGAGAGAAAGUAUAAGUGCCAUUUGUGCCCAUAUGCUGCAAAGUGCCGUGCUAACCUGAACCAACACCUGACUGUCCAUGCAGUGAAGUUGGUGAGCACUGACACAGAAGACAUUGUCAGUGCUGUAAUUUCUGAGACCAGUGAGAAAAAGAAGUAUCCAUAUUACUAUAGUUGUCAUGUGUGUGGCUUUGAGACUGAACUGAAUGUCCAGUUUGUGAGCCACAUGUCCCUCCAUGUAGACAAACAACAAUGGAUGUAUUCAAUUUGCUGCAGUGCUUGUGACUUUGUUACCAUGGAGGAAUCUGAUAUGAAGACCCACAUCAGCACCAAACACUCAGGUGAUGAAAGAAAGACCCCCAGUGAAUCAAUAAGCCCCUCUUCCUCCUCACUUUCUGCACUUAGUGACUCGGCCAACAGUAAAGAAGAUUCAGACAGCCCUUUAAGAAGCCAGACAUCAAACAACUUGUUGGUUAUUUCAGUAGGGCCUAAUGCCCAGUCCUGUGUCAGCAGUGAAGAAAAGCCAGACAAAGGAUUUGAAUGUGUUUUCUGCAAUUUUGUCUGCAAAACAAAAACUAUGUUUGAACGACACCUGCAGAUUCACCUGAUCACACGAAUGUAUGAGUGUGAUGUGUGUCAUAAGUUCAUGAAGACGCCAGAGCAGCUGGUAGAACACAAGAAAUGCCACACAGUCCCUACCGGUGGGCUCAAGUGUCCAUUCUGCAUUUACUCCACAAACCGCCCUGCAGCCAUGGAAUGUCACUUGAAAACGCACUACAAGAUGGAGUACAAGUGUCGAAUCUGCAAGACGGUCAAGGCAAACCAGCUGGAGCUGGAAAUGCACAUCCGCGAGCAUCGGCUCGGGAAUCAUUAUAAGUGCGACCAGUGUGGCUACCUCUCAAAGACGGCCAAUAAGCUGAUUGAGCAUGUGCGCGUCCACACAGGAGAGCGCCCCUUUCACUGUGACCAGUGCAGCUACAGCUGCAAGCGCAAAGACAAUCUCAAUUUGCACAAGAAGCUUAAGCACUCCCCUCGCCAGACCUUCAGCUGCGAGGAGUGCCUUUUCAAGACCACCCACCCUUUUGUCUUUAGCCGUCAUGUCAAGAAGCACCAGAACGGUGAAUUCAUAGAAGAGGAGAAGAAAAUCCAGACUACAAACCAGAGAGAGGCUACCCCACUGCUCACAGUCAAUGACUCUAGAAGUCUCCUGUCACCUCUUUCUCUUAUGUCUGCCUCACAGGCCCUCCAGACGGUGGCUAUGUCCGCUGCACAGGGCAGUGGUAUGGAGACACAUUUAGCCCUUAAAGCCUUUGCAGUAAAUGGUAACUUAUCAUCCUUGGAUAGGUACCAGAACUCUGAAUUUGCUCAUCUCAUUCCCUUAACAAUGCUGUUCCCUAAGAAUCAUUAUGACGUCACAUUCCAUCCUCCCAGACCUCAAACGGCACCACCUGGUGUCACUACACCGAAGCACUCCUUCCUUGCUUACCUUGGACUGACAGAAAGGGCAAAAACUGUUUAAAGGUGGCCCUUAAUCUGUCUUGGAAACUCGGCAGGUAUACAUUGCUGCAAAAUAUAGAUUUGAACGGUAUGAAAAUGUGUACUGUAUAUCAUUAGCAAGAUUAGAUUAUGGGCUCUGUGUAUACGUAUGGCAUUUGCAUAAAGCUGCUUAACUAAGUAUUCAGAAAGGUAACCUACUGCAUACUUCUACAUAUCAGGUUCUCCAUCUUGCAUUUAAAAUCAUAAAAAAUAUCAGUUGCUUGUGUAAUUUUUACACAUACCUGGUUUACAACCAGUGAUUAUGGGAGCCCCCAGAAUCUCUGUACACUAGACCUCUAACAAAGAGUCAAGGAGCAAUUUAUACUAUAGUUUGAGAGACUGAGACUUGCGAUUAGAAAUGUCUGAAGUAAGAGCUGUUUGCACUGCCAGUAAUAAUUUUAUUGUCUAUGGCCAAGAUACAGAACAUGUGUUCUCAGAUACUUGUAAACAUGAGUCUCGUUGUUCCACUGUACAACAAUGUACACUGGGCCAGUCUAUCAAACUGCAGUCCAAGCUCUGUGGAAGCACUGUCAUAUCAGGUUGUUUGUUUUUGGUGACACCCUUGAUCUCAUCACUUUAACCAUUUAUAUGGUUUCUUUAAACUGCAUGAAAUAGGACUAAUUGCCAAGAUAAAGCUGAACUGUUUAAUUCGAAGCAUAUAUGAAAAAACAAGUUUGACUUCUUUGGUCAUUCCGGUAUCUUCAUUGAUGUAUUCCUUAUUGUUCUGCAGGUUUUUCAGAGCGUGGCCCUUGCCUGUGGCUUGGUUUACCAUUAAUGAUCCUACAUAUUUCAGUUUGUACACAGCCUUUCAUAUUUUCUUUUCACUUUUUCAAAUCAAAUACCUUAUUUGUCCAUAUAUUGUUACUAUUAUUGUUAAUAUUAUAGUGUUAUACUGUAUUUAGACACCAAUGAUGAACAAUGUACAUUACCUGCACUUAGGACAGUCCUUCAGUAAGAAUUUUGGCUGUGCUUUUCAUAUACAGUGUGUGUGUGUAUGUAUAUAUAUAUAUAUAUAUAUAUAUAUAUAUGUGUGUAUAUAUAUAUAUAGUUAAGGAAGUACAGUAGUCUUCCAGCAGCUAUGCUGACAAGUAAACACACAGUGACCAGUGGCUGACACACCAGCCGGAUGUUUAACAGGCGAAUUUGCAACCCAUUUCAGAGUGACUUAGACAUGUGUUAACAUGAAGGUUUUUUAUUACCCAUUCACUAAUGAUCUUCCUGCUGGAAAACAGGUCAAGGGCCCACUCAGCUCAGCUGAUGAAACAGUGUUUUUACAGCUAUUGUUUUAUGGUAUUUGUUUCGAAGUACACUUAGCAACUUGUAACAGCUACCAAAAAUGGAACUAAAACAAAACAAAAGCAGGAUGGUACAUAAUAGAGCACUACUGUAAUAUUCUGGAAAGCCUGAAACAAACAAAGUGUACCUAUCACAGUGAACUCAGGCAUUUGAUUUGCCAUUUUGGGUGUUGCUCGCGUCAAAACGUUUGAUAUCACUCUAAUUUGGCAGGCUGCUUUUUAUGAAUGUAGGUUCAGAAUGGAAAAUUGGCUGCUUUUACUGUGAUUAGGUGCAUUUUCCACUUUGGUCGUAUUUAAUAAGGCAAAGAAAAAAUCUUUGGUACUCAUAGGCACACCUAAUCAUCUUCAAUGUUCUCAUUUCUGUAAACAGGUAAAAUAUAGGCUAUACUGCACACCAUUGCUGUUUGUUAGCCUAAUAUUUGAGCAAUAUAUUGGGGUAAUGUAGUAAAUAUGCAGUGGGUACCUUUCUGUACCGAGAUGAGAUGUGUCCAUCGAUAUCAGGAAAUCCACUAACCAGGAUUAAAAAGGGUGUUGGAGAAAUGCUGGGUCCUAGCAGGUUCCCAGGCUAAAAAGGCAGUUUUGCACAGUGCUUUGUCUUGCACUAUUUCAUGUUUCCCAGUUACAGGAACAAUAUGAUGCUUGUAAUUGAGAUUACUUCACUUCUGAACACGAGUAGGCUGACAUUUCAGGCAUUUAAAAUGUACAUGUAUAUAAGUCAUUUUAUUUCACAUAUAUCCCCAUAUUAGUACAUUUGUGGAUAAAUGCGUGUGUCAUGUUAUUCCCAGAACAAAAAUGUAUCUAACAGUAAUUUGACAGAAUGAUUAUAAUGAGAAGUAUGGAAUGAUUACAGAUUGAUUAUAAUGAGAAGUUUAUGCACAGCAUUAGUGAAGAGAAAAAAUAUCAAUAUCCAAAAUAGUGUGUGUGUGUGUGUGUGUGUGUGUAUAUAUAGGUCCUAGACAUAUAAUUAAACCCAAAUAACUUGGGGCAAUCUAUAUAUGUCAAGGUGGUAAUUAUUUACUCAAACAAAGCUGUGUGGCAGUAUUGUUUAUCUCUAUGUAUGUGUGUGUGUAUAAUGUUGUACAUGUAUUUAUGUGUAUAUGUAUAUAUAAAUAUACAUAGAGUGUGUAUGUAUAUAGAUAUAUAAACCAGGGGUCUUCAAAAAGUUUCUGCACCUUUUAUAUUUUCAAAGGAAAAAGUGAGGACAGGAGUUGUAUUCAUUGGUCCUGUCUGAGAGUUUCAUGUGACUAGUCUGUCUGGCAAGCCAGCUAACCUUUCGUUUAGUAUAAGAGUUGUAAUUUGUUUUCAAAGUUCUUAAUAAAAGAGUUUAAAAAAGUGUGAAAACUUUUUGAAGAGCCCUCAUAUAACACAGUAAAGGUCCGUACACACUGGGCUUAAAAAAUGCCAGUUCUUUUGGCAUAAAAAAAUGCUCAUAUAGAGCAUACUUGUACAGGUAGUUAGGACUGCUUGUAGGAAGGAUGAUCCGCAGAGCGGUUGUUUCUCUUAAAGAAUCCUAAUUUUAUUGAAAAGUCACAAUGUAUAAAUUCAGAUAAAAUCAGUUGACGUGUUUCAGCCUAAGAGGCCUUAGUCAUAACCCAUUUAGGACCGUUUAGCAAUUUUUUUUUUUCUGCCAGAAAACUCUGAGCUUAAUAUAUGCCUCUAAACAUUGUAAUGUGCAUGGGCAAAACUCCUGUAGAAGCAGUGUUUUUUAAGCCCAAUGUGCAUGGACCCUUAAGCCUAGUACACAUGGGCUGAAUGUCGGGAAUUCGGCCUGUGUGUAUGGCAGCCGGUGCUACAGAAGCCAGCCGAGCAUGCUGGAAAAUCAGCAGCCGACCGGCUCCCGAACAGCACUGGCAGCCACUGACCGGAGUAAUCUGGCAGGGGGGCAGUCCCCUUGUCAGAACACAAUAGGACAGCAGGGGAGAUUGCCGUACUAAGGUUGGAUCAUUAUUACAUUGGCUCCAAGGGGAGCUGUCAGUUCUUUUUUAGUUUAACCCAAAAAUAGUGGUUUGUACCAGGCUUUAGUGGCCACCUUUUGUUGUAUUGCUGCUUGUGAAGAUAAUAGCAAGUCAGCAAAUCACUUGACUCUGCAACUCCUGUACAUAAGACAACCAUUGAAUAACUGAUUUGUAUAUGAAAAUGUGUUAAUGUAAGAGAUCAGGGAAGACUUGUACAAGCAGACAGGAAGUCAACAGCCCACAAAACCACAGUUUACUGAUGCAAAUCGCUGCAAGAAUCUCUGAACAAAUAAAACAAAAGAUCUUGAAGGAUGGACUAUAGCAGUAGACGACAAUGCCAGAUUCCUCUAAGAUGUGAGGAGGAAAAUGGGAUUAUGGAGGGUACAGGAUCAGCAAAACUGGAAAAUCAAAGCUUUAACAAACCUUUGCAUAUUUUAUUGACUCUUGAUUGUGCUAUGAUAAGAAUUUGGAAUACGUAUGAUAUGAUUCCAUGGAUCCUUCCUGUGCUAUGAUGUGCAGCUUCAGAAUGGUGGUGUAAUGCUAAAAGAAAUGACCACCAAUUGAACAUUUUGCAACAGGAUACUAAUAACAUGGCCACUGAGUUUGUGUGUGUAAAUACUUUUUUUUGUAUACUGUUACUAGUAAUUUACCCUGAGCGUAUGUAUUUUCUGUGUUGUAUUCACUGUGAAGAGUGAAUGUAUACACAAAACGUUGUAUGGCCGCUUGUAGAGGAUUUCUAUUCUGCUAAGCGGAUUUUCCUCAGUAAGACUGCAUCAUGUGUUCCAGAACUUUUCAAUGCUAUAUAAUCGACUUCUUUUAUUUAGAAGUUUUUUUUCUGACACCUCUAAGGGUGUCCAUACAUGGAUCCCUGCCGCACCGUCCUAAUUUUGAUCCAUGUAUAGGCUCAGAAGUCGGCCUAUCAAUUGACUUCUGUACAACCAGUCUGUGGGGUUUCUCCCAAACGAUCAGCACUGAUCAGUGUAUUCUGAUGGUGGGGAAGGCUCCCUACCAUCAGAAUGCAAUAGCAUAGCGGAGUGAUUUCCCCCCCUAUUUAAAUCAAAUGUAUCGAUGAGGGAAUCAACACUGUCCAUCACCCCCCGCUCUCUCCUCAUUGUCUCACUGACUGUGAGACAAUGGCUCCUAAUGCUGUGUGAGCCAAUGAGGAGCGAGAGACCCAGAAGAGUUGCCGUUUUCAUGCACAUCACUGGAUCGAGAUGUGACACAGGUAAGUGUAAGGGGGGCUUGAGGGGGGGGGGGGGGCUGCACCCAAAAGGUUUGCAUAGAAUGCAUUAAUGUAAAAAACAACCUGUCUUUAAGAACCACUUUAAAGCAUGGUAAAACAAGCCCCCAUUCAUUUAUGUAGCUAUAAACUAGCCCCCCACCACCACCAUCCAAGCUUUUGCUUUAUCAAUAUCGCCUGAGUUCCUGACUAGAAUGUGCUUGUUGCAUCAUUUCAGUGUUAUUUCAUGUAAAGUUAGGUCAUUUCAUGCAGGAAUUUACAUAAAUGUUUCCUGUUUAUCUAUUAACUUUCUGCUGUAAUUACAGCAGCAAAAAAAACUUGGCUGCUUUCUAAUUUUGUGUGUUAAAGUAUAGUUCUGCUUUAUCCAAUGAGGUCAGCGUGACAGGUAGGCAACCAGUAUGUUCAGCAGAAUGUCGGCAUCAAUCUUUCUUUCUUAGGUGAUUGUCCUCUUUUUCUAUAAAAAUUACAAAUAUGUUAUACUUACCUGCUCUGUUGCAGUGGAUUUGUACAGAGCAGCCCAGAUCUUCCUCUUC